AUGGAUUCUAUGAAUCCAUAUAGUCAGACCUCCAAUUUCGUUAACUUUUUGAACAAUCAACAAGAUUGUCACUUUCCCGAACCAUUUCCUUAUGAUUGCGGUUCACAACUGCUUGUGUUUAGUACUCAAGGUACUGAAACAUCAAGAUUCUGUGAAGACUCACCUACACAGCGCAAAGAAAGAAAGAAAUGGUCUCCCUCUGAUGAUGUGCUGCUCAUUAGCGCAGGGUUAAACACCAACAAGGAUCCGGUAGUAGGCAAUGAGCAGAAAACAUGGGCUUUCUGGAAGCGCAUUACAGCUUACUUUGCAGCUAGUCCAAAGGUGGAAAGAGGUGAAGAACGAGAGCCUAUUCAGUGUAAGCAAAGGUGGUGGAAGAUGAACGAUCUUGUUUGCAAGUUCUGUGGAGCCUAUGCGGCUGCAACAAGACAGAAAACUAGUGGUCAGAGUGACAGUGACACUGUUAACCUGACAUACAAAAUAUUCUACAACGAUCAUAAGAUUAAAUUUAACCUUCACCAUACUUGGGAGGAGCUGAAGAACGACCAGAAAUGGUGUGCGCUGGCGAGUAUUAAGCUUGAUGGACCACAAUCAUCAAGCGCUAAGAAGAGAAGGUGUGAGGAUGGAGCACAGUCAGCAAGCUCUCAAGCAACUACCAUUCUAGGUGAUCAACCAACCAUACGUCCUCCUGGUGUUAAGGCAUCGAAAGGAGAUUCUGGUAAGAGAACAAUAGUAGAUCAGCAGGCUGUGUCGGAGUUUCAAGGCAUGUGGUUUAUCAAAGAGAAAGACUUGGCAGCUAAAAAAAGACUUAAAUAG